AUGGAGGUCAUGAUGGACCGGAAGAUCCAGGCCAUUAAUAAGUGUCUUGAUGCCUUUGAAUUGCGAGUCCUCGAGCGACCAACCCCGGCCAUAGAUCUAUCCUCUUUUCAGGCUGAGUUAGCCAGUCUCCGGGACGACGUUAAUGCCAUUCUUUCCACCCCUACAGUUGAGCCUCAAGCUUCACCCACUGCGUUGGCCGAUGAUAUGGUGCUGGAUGCUUUAUUCAGUGGGACCACCAAGGAGGGGCCUGAUCCUACACAUACCAAAGGUAAGAGACACCAUUCUAGUCGCACUGAGGAGGAAAAAUUCCAAAAGAGACAACGUAGGCAGGAGAAGGAGGCUAGGAAGGCUUUGGAUUUAGAUGAAGAGUUGCGCCAUCGGAAGGUGCGUGAGAGUGUUGCAGGGGCAUCGAGUUCUGCCCCAGUUGUAGAGGUCCCGCUGGUUGUGAGGGAUGUUGUAAGCAACACUAAUGGUGUGGUUAGAGUGACCAAGAGCACUACUAAUGGUGCUAUGAUGGAUGAUGUGGGCACUACUGAGGUUGACCCAACUAUUGUUCCAGCGGACUCCGGGAAAUCGAACCCACCUUUUGCUAUUUUUCUCUCUCUACUGGGAGUGAGUUUGACACUGAACAUGUACUUUGCGAGCUUGAGCUACACUUCUCCGACUCUUCUUGCCUCGAUGGUCAACACUAUAGCUGCCUUAUCAUUUGUACUAGCAGUUAUUCUCAGGUUGGAAGAUGCUUACAUUCGAAAUCCUAGAGGAAUAGCAAAAGUCCUAGGAACCUUGGUUUCCUUGGCUGGGGUUAUGAGCAUGACAUUAUACAAAGGACCUGUUGUGAAAAGCUUAGGACAUCCUCUCAUCUACAUUCACAGAGGGAAUGGUGUUGUCCACGAGAACUGGUCAAAAGGCAUGAUCCUCACUGCUGUUAGCUGCAUUACGUGGUCAAUAUGGUACAUCAUGCAGGCUUACACUUUGAAAAGAUAUCCAACACAACUAUCACUGACUACAUGGAUGAGUUUUGUUGGUGCAGCACAAUCAGCUUUCUAUACAGUAAUUGUACAACACAAACGAACAGCUUGGACCAUGGGUUUCAACAUUGAUUUCUGGUCUACUCUGUAUGGGGGCAUAGUGAUGUCUGGUUUAGUAGUGUACAUACAACUCUGGUGCAUUGAACAAAAGGGACCAGUUUUCGUAACUAUGUUCAACCCACUCUCAACCGUAUUAGUUGCAGUUCUAGCAUAUUUCGUCCUUGGUGAAAAGCUCUACACGGGCAGCAUCAUUGGAGCAGUAAUUAUCAUUAUUGGACUGUACUUGCUUUUGUGGGGUAAAGAAGAUCCACAACCAGAAUUGAAAGAGAGAGAAAGAGCAAUGCUACAUAACUAACGAAGUGCAUCACGAAGACCCUAUGAUGCAGAUUAGUGCAGAACCUCUCCUUUAUGUCUGAAGUAGUAUGGUAGAAGUAAAACAAUAAUACACAUAAUUCGAGUA